AAGAAUUUCUCUCUCCCUUUCCCUAUCUCUCCCGCCUCCUCCGAGUCACCGCCCCGCCUGUGGGACGGGGAGACUUUAAAACCAGUCUUGAGACGCCGGACACUUUGUCAGAGGGACAGCGCUUUGCUUUAGCGGACUAGUAGCGGACAGAGCGCGCAGAGUGCAAACACGUUGUUAUUGGAGAUACCCGCGGAGUUUACUUCGUCCCGAACAAGUUCAUUAUACUGGAUACUUUUGAGAUUCACAAGACACGAAAAAUGAAGUCUCCAAAGUUGAAGUCUCAAGGCAAAUCUCAAUUCCUUGAGGAGGAUGAUCUGUCUGACGUGCUGUGUGAGUUCGACGCGGUGAUCGAGGAUUUCACUUCCCCGAUGGAGAAGAGACACUUCCAGUAUGACGAGCACCUGAAGACCGUGAAGAGACGGAGCAGUGCCAGCGUCAGUGACAGUGGCAUCAGCGACUCAGAAAGCGCUGGGUCGCUCAACAGGAACAGCUUCAGUUUCAGUGAUGAGAGACUGAACUCUCCCAAUGUCUUUUCCCCCUCUCCCACCUCCCCCCCACCUCUCACAUCACCCAAAGCCAAACUGGGGGACACUAAAGAACUGGAGGACUUCAUUGCUGACCUUGACAAGACGUUAGCAAGCAUGUGACACGGAGCCGAAGAGAAGUGGCAGAGACCCUUUUUUGGAGAGUAGCCAUCGCGAGGAAGGGACACCCUGUCCAGCACCCCAGAACACACACACACACACACACACCAGGAGUGCUGUGAACAUAGCACAGGGAGAGUCACAGUGACCGUCAGGCUUGCUGAGCAACUUCAUCUAAAGUCUGUGUCCCAAUAUUAUAAGACAGCGUCAUCUCCUUGUCUCCUUUCCUUCUCAUCGUCUCAUUUCCCUCAUGAUCUGAGCUGAUUGGACUGGAUUGUUUUUUCUAGGUUUGCACGGUAAGAAUGGGCUAAUCUGAAAUGGAACCUCAUGUUCUAUUGCACUAUAUGGCAUAGAGUGAUAUUUCGUACGCAGCCCCAGUUUAUAAACUAUUAGCAGUCAUGGAAGAGAAGAGACUAGGGGAGGAGAUUAAGAAGGAGACAAGGAAAGGAAGCUUUGUAAAAGUAUUGGGACACUGUUAGACAGACAAACACCAUCUCACAUACACGGGACAGGCUGUGCGUCCUUUAUACAUAACUUGAGCUGGAAGAGUAUUUAAGAAAUGUCUUUUUACAGUAUAAGUAUAUUUGUAAUUGUAUAGAGAUGGUCAUUGUAAAUGUAUCAAUACUACUUUUUUUGUGAAAUAUAUUUUUGUAUCUAUGUGUAAAUAAUAAUUGUUUCAAAUUCUAUUACCUUGGUAUUAAAAAGCGUAUGAUAAGUUUAAGGUUUGGCACACGUUGACUGAAGUUGAGAUGUUUGAUAUUUCUAACGAAUGCAAACUAAAAUCUGGAUUAGCUCUGAAAAACUGGAAUGCAACAAAAUGUAUUGAAUACAGCUAAUAUCAAUUGCCUACCAGAGAAUAUUAAAAUGAAAUAUUGUUUUAAAA